AUAUGUAGCACUCAGUAUUCACAUGAUUUAAAACCCUUACAUCAGAUUGUGGAACAGAUCAAGCUGCAGAGUAGAAAAGUUGGCAGCUUCUUUUUAAAAGAAAAGUUUGAGCUGCAUCUAAUAAGAUUUAAAGAUUAAAUCAGAGAUUUGGGACCCCCAAAUUGCAAUCUGAGUUGAUCAUGCUAUUUGGCACUGAUGGGAAUAGUUCACAAGGGUAGAGGACCCAAUUCCUACUGUUGCUUUUAAUAUUGGUACGUGUAGUUUCUUGGAAGUUAAAAGCAUAAAAUCCUAGAAUUAAAAAUCAUUGCAGAGAACAUCUAGUUCAUGCCCCUGCCCAGUGCAAGAACUGCCAAAAUAUUUUGGGCAGAUGAUUAUCUAGCAUCUGUUUGAAGGCUUCCAAUGAGAGAAAACAUAAAUUACCAUAUACCCUGUUCCACUGGUUGAUAGCUCUCACUCAGAAAAUUCUUCCCAAUAUCUAAAUUUACUUCAUGCACUUUCCAGAGACAUACCACCCUUAGUCAGAACAGUAGCCACGCUUAGCCAUUGAGUAGUGCAGACAGACUAGAGUGAAAACUAAAUCUGACUUAAUUUAUAUUGAACACUAAAUUAAAUAUUGUCAGUAAUUUGAUUGACUGAUAAUGUGCCAUCAAGUCAUUUUUUGAUUCCUAGCAACCACAGGGAUAGAGCUACUCCAUGACAAUCUAUGCCUAAUCUGUUUUUUCAAGUCUCCCAAUGGUACACUCCUUGUCACUUAAUUGAGUCCAUCCACCUUCCUGCUGCUUAUCCUCUUCUCUCUUCUUCUCUUUCCUUCUACCUUUCAUUUUUAGAUUACAGCUUUUAUCUUAUUUUAUCUCUAGGGAAACAGGCAAUACUGAUAAAAGUUGAAAUACAAACAACAUAGAGGGCUCUUAGAUUGCCUAUUCCUCUUGAUGGGUCAUUGUUAAUCUAUAUUACAGUAGAGGCGUAUAUCAUAGUAAAUAAGCACUACUACUUCAAAACACAAACAAGAUGUAUUGUGAUCUUCCAAAGGGAGCCAAAGCCAGAUAAAUUCUGCAAACCUCUGCAUUCUAUGUAUUUAUGCACCCUCACUUCCAAAAUAUAAUGAGCAUUUUGUCAUAACUUCUGGUUAUUAAAUUUAUUUGCUGUCCAUUUCGUGAAAUGAGGCGAGUCUGAGCUGAGCUAUAAUUGAGACAAACUAAUUUUGUGUCUGAGAAGAAAAGUAUGAGGGCUCCCCUGUUGCUGUUGUGAGGUAAGGCCUACAGCAGCAAUGGUUCUCAAACAUUUUAUCUUGGGACACCUUUACAUUCUUAAGAAUGAUUGAGGACCCAAAGAGCUUUGCUUUAUAUGGGUUAUAUCUAUCAAUAUCGACUAGUUAAGAAAUAAAAAAUGGGAAAUACUAAAAACAUUUAUUUGAUAUCACAGACCCCUGAAAGGGUCUUGAGGUCUCCCAGGUGUCCCCCACAUUUUGAGAACCACUGAUCUCCAGAAGUGUUUCUCAAAUUUGGCAACUUUAAAAUGCACAGCUGGGGAAUUCUGGGAUUUGAAAUCUUAAAUUGCAAAGAUUGGGAAAUAUUAGUCUACAGGGUGAAUUACAAGCCCAGUUGAUACUUUGUCCUUCCGUCUGCAGGCUUUUGUAACAAAAUGUUCCUAUGCUUUGCUGAUCAAAUUUGUCUCCUGCUUUAUGAACUUAUGGGCAGACAGUCCUUUCUUUGGAAAAUGACACUAAUCUAGAACUCAAAUGAUGUUGGUAGAUUGCUUUGAAAGGGUGAAAGAAUUUUGCUGUAGUUCCAUCUCCUUAGGUGAGAGUACUCCUUAGCAAGAGUAUUGUCCAUAAAAAUACAUCUAGAAGUUGAGUAAUAGAAUAACCUCAGGCACUUAUUUUUUUAUUGCCUUGAUUUCCCUAAAGGCAAAGGCAAAAGCUGGAUUUUCUAGCUGUCCUUGACUUGUGUACUAAAUUCUUAUGCAUCUGACCACUCCAGAACCGCCAGGGUCCAGUGGAACAAGACAUAAUCCACAUUCUUCUCCCAAGAGAUAUGUAUUUCAACUGUUUUCUCAUCUCUUCUGGGAAGUCCUUCCAAGAAGUGGCAAAAAUCCAAGUUUUUAGUUUCUCAGCAAAAGUCUCUGACCUGCUGCAUGUUCCCAGACAACACAUGCGUGUCUGCCUGGACUGCAAAAAGAACUUCUGCCCUUCCUGUUCACACCAGCCUGAGAGUGGUCCCUGCCUCUGCCACCUCUGUGAGCGAUUCCGAGCUACAGCUUUUCAGCGGGAAGAACUCAUCAAAAUGAAAGUGAAGGACUUGCGAGAUUAUCUGGAACUCCGGGAGAUCUCCACGGAGAUGUGCCGUGAAAAAGAUGAGUUGGUGUACUUGAUCAUCAGUCAGCAGCCCUUGGAUCCACAAAGGGAGAGGGGGGCCUGGGUUCCUCCCCCAGCACCAGUUUCUAUUGCCCAGGAGGAGUGUACAACUGUGCCAGUUUCACUGGAUUAUUCUCCUGAGCAAAUUUCCACCAACCCUGCCUUGCAGACUGAGGAGCCUCCACAGGCAAAUGGGCACGUGCUGCCGAGCCAGGACGAUAUGGCAGAAGUUGAGAAUGCAGUGCAAAACCUGCCUGAGGAAGAGACACAGUCCACUGAUUCAGAAGAUAACCUAGUUACGGGACGGAGGGCAUCCCUCUCUGACCUAACAAGUGUGAGAGAUAUUGAUGCCCUCUCAGUAAGGCAGUUGAAAGAAAUCCUGGCUCGCAACUUUGUUAACUACAAGGGCUGUUGUGAGAAAUGGGAGCUAAUGGAGAGGGUGACCCGCCUUUACAAAGAGAAGGACCUCCAGCAGUUGGUUUCAGAUACUGAUGAUCAAACUGCUCCAACUGGCAAUGCGACACUCCCCGGUUCUGAAGAAAAUCUCUGCAAAAUCUGUAUGGACUCCAUCAUUGACUGUGUCCUGUUGGAGUGUGGCCACAUGGUGACUUGCACAAAGUGUGGGAAACGUAUGAAUGAGUGUCCCAUCUGCCGGCAAUAUGUGAUAAGAGCUGUCCACGUUUUCAGGACUUAAGAGCACAGGAAACAGGACUAAUAUUCUUCCACUGUGACAGAGAGCACCAGUCCCAGCAACCUAGUCCCCAUUCUUAAGAAGCCCACAGAUGAUAGGUGAGAUGAAGGAUGGAGGGCUGUGAAGACUUGGGCUGUGAUUGGCUGCAUACCCCGACUAAUACUGUGCAUUAUACCACAGUGCCUGGAGAGCUGGACAUCCUCAGUAGAUCUAGAAAGCAACAUGCCUUUUCUUUCUUUGUCUUCUUUUGACAGGGCAUAAAGAAACUCUUGAUGUUUCCAAGACAUUGAGGCUCUUCCCCUCUGGAGUAAAUAAACAAGGUGAUCUAAAGAGGAAGAGAGAUUUGCUUCUCUCAAUUCUCCUUUCUCUUUGACUAAAUCCUUGAAGGGGAGAGUAUAUAUUCCUUUUUUUGGGGGGGGGGAUACAUAUAUUUUUUUUAAAAAAACUUUAGCUAGCCUUGCGGGUCAGGCUGAAAGUUGUCUCUUCUAUUGCCUUGGAUUCUUGUACAGAGUAAAUCUGUGUCCGACCACAGUGGUCAGGGUGAUAUAUUUACAGAUGAAUAGGGCUGUAGGCGAGGAGAGGAUAUACAAUGAUGAAGAUAAAGUUUUGCCAGAUUUGUAGUGAAUGAGUAUCUCAGGGAUACUUUGUGUUUUUGUUUGUUUAUAAUUUUGUCAUGAUCAAAAUGCGAUGGCCUUUAAGAAAAUUAAGUUGCAUUAUAAUUGAUUUGUUUUGUAUUAUCAUUGGGGAAAACCCCUACAUUUGUUCUGGAUUUUGCUUAUGGAGUUAGCAUUUGGGACAAUAAGGAGGAACCAGUUGUGUUUUUAAAGGCCAUUGUCAGAUCAUAAACUACACUAGGGCUUAUCCUUGGCAAAGGUUCCUCUUCAUUUCAUUCUUUUGUUAGCAUUUGUUGCCUUUCAGACAUAAUAUUUCAUACCAAGAUGAACAGAUGUCCUGCUUGCUUUCUGUAGAAGUUCAAUGACUUGAUUUUUUUGAAGUAUGUAUUUUGCCUUUAAAUGCCAAGUAUUGGCAUUUCAUUUGCUUCUGUUGUAAAAAAAAUCAUCUGUUCUUUAAUCACUCAGUGAAACACUGAAGUGAAGAUACAUGAGGUCAGAAUGGGUCUUUUCAUUAGCAAAGGAGAGGCUGUUGAAGAUAGAGGGUCUUUUGCCAUGUUCUUCUGAAACCAUUUUUUGGGCGACUACGCAAACGUGUUUAGCUAUCAGACUGCAGUUCAUGAAUUCCCAUGAAUCUUGGACUGAAUCCUACUUUUACAACUGAUAAGAGAGGACUGUUUUAGGAAGAACCAUGGAAAAAGGUAAUCAUAAUUCUAAAAAAAUGGUUUGGAAGAAAUCCAGGGGAACUAUUUAGUUGUUUACAUACUAUCUUCUUCCAAGGGCAUUUCAGAAAGAGUUUUUCUCUCUGUGUUGUAUGAAAGCCUUAAGAAACGUGACACUUUCUUAUCAGCUGCUUCCUUCACUAUUGUGUCUUAAUUCCCACUCCGCCAAAGUGCUUUCUCAAAUUCUGGCUGUUUCCCAAAUUGCUAAAUGCCUUGCAAGUUGAAGAUGCCUUAAUUUGCCUUAAUCCAAGAGUACACAAUCUGAUUCCUCCAGAUGUUUUGUAUUGCAAUUCUUUUAGCCUUAGCAGCAAGGGAACUGUAUUUCAGAACAUAGGAAGUGCACUAUCCCUGCCUUAAGUUCUGAGAUUAUGUAAAAUAAAAGGAACUUAGGCAGUUUGUUUAUAGGUUGCAUCGAUGGGUAGAUAGGUUUUAUUGUGUAAAGGUUGCAUCACAAAUCUUUCCUCCCCUUCUCCUAUUGAAUUCCACAGGCAUUCAAAAGAGUCUGGUUUUUAAGAAAUCAGUUUGCACAUGCAGCAUAUAUUACCUUAUCCUUUGUUAUGAUUUCCAAAGAUCUAGCCUCAGAAUUGCACUAUUGGACAUGGCAAUAUCCCAAAUGCCUGGCACGUUAGCCCUGGUCCUUGUUAACCUGUUCCACCUGAUUUUUGGUAAAUGCUUUUGAUAACAAUUUGCAAGAUAGAAUCCCUACAUGUAUAUCUCCAAGGUCCCUUCCAACUUUACUAAUAUGAAUAUGAAUAUGAAUAUCUGUAUCCUGUGCAACUAUUAUUUAAUUGUGGAUAGUAAAACAGCUUUUUUGGGGGGGGGGGCGUUUUGGUGCAUUUCUAUAAGAACAUGGAUUGGCUCUAUAUAAAACCAAUGUUGAGAACAAUUUGUAACCCAUUUCUUGGGGGUGGUGGGUAAUAGAGGGAAUUUUUUUUCCUGUAGGAAAUAUUAAAACUUCAGUUAAUGUUAGAAUUGCUGUUUUGCUCUUAAAUUUCAUUUUUCCUUCUUCAUUUUACAUUCCAACAAGGGGCAUGUAAAUGAAUAAAGGAGCAUAUAUAGUUAGUGAACAUUGUGAACAUCAGUUGUUGAUCAUGCAUAAAAGAAAAUUGCUGGUACGGGUAAUAGUUGGUGAAGAAGAGGUAGGAACUGUAGAAGGAAAAUACCCAAGUCUACUUGUUGUAAAAUUCAAUGUGAAUUGGGGUGGUGACUUGACAAGUUAGACAUGGCUGCUCUUCCCAAAGCUUUGGGCUACUCUUAUCUUCCCCACUCAUGAAAAAAAAAAAAAAGAGUUGGGAUGGCAAUAGUGUUCCAAUAAUGGGUAAAACAAGUAACUUGUUUGUUUCUUUCUUGGUAUCACUUGUGUAAUGAAGUUCCCAUUGCCACACUAUUUUGAUUCAAAAUUUGAUAUUUUCCAUGACUGUGAUUUGAAUUUUGGUGAAGUGAAACAUUCUCCAUAGUGAUGCUGCUUUGUGAGUAACAGACUGCUGCUGCUGCACUAAGCUGUGGAGAAUUUCUGUUGUUCUGCCAGAAAAAUUAAUAUAGCAAUGUAUGCUUGUCUGAACAGUGGGAAAGUUAAUUUUGACUGUGAGAAAACUGUGCUUCAACAGGUCUCACUAGCACAGAGUCCUGCUUUAUAAUUUUAUAAUAAAAUGGAAACAUGUUACUAA